CAUUGUCAGACGAUGCCUGUUUUCUGAUGUCGUCGCUGCCGCUUCUGCUGCUGCUACGUCAACGACAGGUGAUCAGAUAGAAGGGCAGGUAUGUGUCUUACCACUGGACCACAGAUAUAAGGACUAACCUGACAAACAGAGCGACAGAGACACCUGGCUCUGGACAAAGUUGGAUGCACGUUUUGAAAAUUGGGCAUGUGUCCCAGGAGUAAAGACAAACUAAUUUAACACAGAGACCAGAAGCACCAGCUGGAAUAACCAUGCCGAAAAAGAUUACCAAAAAGAUGACCAAGAAGAAAAAACCUCCAACUAACAGUGUCCAAGCAGAAUUUUUACACAACCUUGGACUGGAGCCCUUUCUGUCUGCUCCACUGGACUCAGCAUGCAUGUUGAAUAUCAGCACCUGGACUUCAGAGAAUCUUGAACCCCUAGAGACCAAAGAUCUGCCAUUCUCCUUUCUCCAGCGUCUUUGGCUCCUCAGCCCUGAUGCCAGGAGUACGUGCUGCAGAGGUUCAAACAGUGUCCUGAAUAAUGCCAACCACUCUGCUGAGACAGCAAACGGCCUGGAAGGCGAGGAUCAGCGAACCAUCAACCCCCUCGAUCUGGUCACAGCUGUCUAUAUGUCUGCCCACCCUUUCCUUACGCAGGAAAUGACGGCCCGCGUGAUGCAGUGCCAGUUUGCCGUACCUCUGGUCCUACCAAGCAAAGAUCCCGAAGGCCCCGGUCGUUUUCUUCUCUGGCCUCUAAGAAACGUUGUGACACAAUGGACGUCUGAUUCAGCAGACGAAAGAGAAAAAGGUCAAGUGCAGGAUUUAGCAAGUCGAUCCAUGCCGAUGGUUUCCUUCCUGAAGUUCGGACACUUGAGUGUCUCCAAGUCACAGGUGCUCAAUUGCAUUUCAAGCCAACACAGAUCUUGCAGAGAAAUGUUUGUACACAGGGAGAUGGAGGGAGGCCAUCUUCCCAGAAAACUGGCUAACGGCCUGGUGGAGAUCGGAUGGUGUGUACCCACUGGAGGCACUGUCGGAAAUAGGUUUCCUGCCCCCAUGGCCAUUUGUAACCUCCGAGGUGAUGCGACUAAACACGAGCAAUGCCUCACCUUUCUAUGCCAGGCUUCGUCGGCUGUGGUUGUCUUCUGUGGGCAACUCCACGAGAAAGAAAAACAAAUUCUUGCUUCCUGCAAUAACCUGGCCAAAAAGCUCAUAGUGGUCGAUGUAUCAGAGACUGAAAAAAACGUUAAAAGUAAUCUGGGUUUUGCUGGGGUGUCCUUUGGAAGAACCACAGGUAUACCUAAAGAGUCAGUGGUACAAGGGAAAGGACUGAAUGUGGAGGAAAUCGCAAAGAGUCUCUCUAACACGCUGAAAGUUCUGCUACCAACUGAACUGACGCAUGUUUCAAUGGUAGAGGCAGCAAAAACUGCAUCUGAGAUAGGCCUCGAGGUAGAUGAAGGAGCUGCCUGUAAAAAGGCGUUGUCCAUGGUGGAGGAGGUAUUGGAAGGGUUGGGGGAGGAUCUUGGGCAGUUUAAGGAGAAGCAGCUUCCAUUACAGGGAUUUUUCUGGAAAAAACUGGGUGAAAUAGAGAGGAUAGAGUGUAAAAGCCGGAUUGAAAGAAAACCGCUGGACCCCGAACUACGAAGAGAAAAAAAAUAUAUCUUGGCUGAGUAUAAACGCUACAAAAUCACCCAAUCCAUGAAAGUAUUCAUCAACGCAAUGUCUGCCACAGAUAAAGUAGAGAGGGCCUACUUUCUUAGGUGGCUGAAACUCAAGCUGAAGCUGAAGCAGAAAGAAAGCCAAGGUGGUCAACGAGAUCUGUUUUCAUUUGUGCACACAGAAAAUAACGUCCCUGAAAAUCCUGAUGAGCUCCAAAAUGGAUUCGCUGAAAAUCUCAGUUUCAGUGAUUGCUCCAGUGCGGAUUCAACAUCAGAGGGAGAAAACCUUGAAGCACUGUUAGGUGCUUACGCCAAACAUGCAAACAAACAGCCAAACAGCAGAAAAAAGGUGGAGCAGGCAGUGGAUAGGUCAACGGCCGAGGAUACGCAGUCAGACUCACUGCCACAAAAAUCCCCAUUUCUUGAAAAAAUUGACGAACAUCAGAACCAAAAUGAACCAAAGCUAAAACUUGACCCUAACUGUUUGUUUAAUCAAGACUGUUCAUCCCCAGAUUUUUCUGUGGAACCUCAGACCCUUGUUCCUCUUCAGACAUUGAAGUCUAAUUCUUUCUCAGAUUUGACUACAACACAAGACAGGAUAGGUCCAGAUGCUUCCACCAAACCUCAGAAGGUUGGCUCUUUUCAGACUUUGGAGUCUGAUUCUUCCACAGAUUUGACAACAACCCAAGACAGACUGUACCCGAAUGUCCCCAGUGAACCUCUGGUUGUUGGCUCUCUGUACACAUCAAAGUCAAAUUCUUUCUCAGAUCUGGUUAUGAGCAAAGAUGUGAUCGGCCCAGAUGUUUCCACCGAGCCUCAGAAAGUGAAUUCUCUUCAGACUUCGAAGUCUCAUUCUGUCUCAGAUUUGGCAACAACCCAAAACAGACUGUACCCAGAUGUUCCCUCUGAACCCCUGACAGUUGGCUCUCCUCAAAAUGGAAUGUCCAGGUCUUUCCCAGCUUUGACAGUAAACCAGGACUCUUUGCACCAGGAACCUCAGACACGUGGUCUUCUUCAGACUUCAGAGUCUCAUUCCUCCUCUGAUUUGACUACAACCAAUGACUGUUUGUCUCCAGAACCUCAGAUGCUCAGUCCUCCUCACGGUCCCCCCUCCUCAAAUUUGAGGGCAACCCAUGACUGUAUGUGCCCAGAUGUUUCUACUGAAGUUCAGGUCCCCGAUCCUCUUCAGACCUCCAAGCCCGUUUCCUCCUCACUUGGUCUUGAGCACUUUUUGCGUGAGAUGGGCUUAAUUUUUGAGCUGACUUGCAACAAUUUUGGCACUAGAAGCCAGAAUGUUUUGGGCCUUCCAGGUGUAGCUGCGGACCUGCUUCUCUAUGGGGUUCCUCUUGAGAUAAUGGAUGGAAACGCCUCAAAUGUUCCAAUUCAUUGGCUGGGCUGUGUCUUUGCAGAGCUGAAUCGCCGCCUCCCUCAACAGAAAUACAAGCUACGAGUGCUUACAAACCUUGGGGUUCAUUAUGCAAGGAAUGCUGAAGUUCUUUCAGCAAUAUUUGGGCUAAAAUUCCCUGACGGAACAAGAACCGGCAGAGGGGUGUACAUGCUGCUCCUUCGGCUGCCUGACAGUGUCAGACAGCUCAUGAGGUGUGAUUUUCUGUUGUUUCUCAACGUGGCAGGCUUCGGCUCAACUUCUCAAUACAACAGCACUGAUACCAGGAUCCAUGACCAUGAGAUGGCUGCGGUUGCAGCAGGAAUGACUGAUGUUUUGAUGCACAAUGUGUCUCCACUCACAGGUCCUGAGUUUGAAUCCGACCUCACCGUGAUUGCUAACGCUCUCCUCUGCAUACAGCAGUAUGUUCCGAUGCCCAGCUGCCAACUGCUCGUCCACGAUGAAGACAUUAAUAGUAUGUUACAUGCCUUACAGUUAAAGCAUGUAUGUGAGGUUCUUCAGAGCGAGACCGGCAGUAUAGAAGCUAACAAUGCAGAUAAACAAAACGCAAAGGCCGCACCUUGUAUCACCUGUGUCAAAGGGCCCUGGUCCAGCGCCUCCCCUUUUGGACCAGUUGAUACGCAGUACAGUACUGCAGUGUUGAGGUUAAAAAAAAAUGUGUUUGGGACGUUGGAGAAAUUGGCAUUGAAAUUGCCAGCCACAGGUCUGGCAGAUUUUUUUGUUCGUUUGAAUUCACUAUGGGAGGUAGUGAAGGAGGAUUCAUUCUAUAUUGGCCUGCAGAACAGGGACGCAGCCAAAGCUUUCCCUGAUAUGUGCACAGAGGUCGCACAGUGGCAGGAGAAUUUGCUGGAUCACAUAGAGAGUUGGUUUGAAGGGGCAGAGAAGAACAUCAUUGACACAAAGGAGAAGGCUCUGGAUGAGGAAGACCAAAAUGAUCUCUUGAGUGAGUUAAAGGAAGACGCCAGGGAUGAGAUAAAAACAAAGGCCAGGAAAAUCAAGACACGAAUGAACACUUAUAUAAGAAAAAACGAUGUCCUCAAAGAGAAGGGCGACUCGUUCAGACCUCUUGUGAUGAGCUAUGUUGAUCAUCUGCAGGAACAAGUCACUGAGAACACAAUCCAAAGAUUAGAAAAAGCCAACGAGAGCCAUUGUUUAUCCGUGCAGUUAAACAAGUUCAGAACCCUCCUGGAAAAAGAGCAAGAGGCAGAGUUUGACAGUCUGAUGAGGAAGAGUAAUUCAACCAAUGCUCUCCUUCAGGAUGAACAACUAGAAGAAGAAUUUGAAGGAAUGUGGAGCAAGAUCGUUUCUACCUUUGGCUUCAGGCCCGCAGAGACAGAGGAUAUCACUCUAAGAGUGAGAAAUAUUCUGAUACAGAAUCUGAUCAACAGAGGGCUCCAGAAACACAUCAGAAAAACAGAGGCCAUUUUCUUUUACUACAUGUGUGGCUUUCGGAUUAACGACGACUACCUAAAGUACAGAAGUAGGGUAAGCAACAUCAUACUACGGAGAAAAGACGCGGAAAAACUGGCAUGCACUGUGGUAGAGGAAUAUAAUCAGUUUGUGGCAGAGAAAUUCAGCCUCCCAGCCUGUUACUCUGAAUCCUAUAUAAAGGAGAUUUUGGAAAUUGUGGAGAAAGCUUUGCAGAGAAAUCCUUUGGAAUUCAGAACAGCUUUUGAAGUCGAUCUUAAAGUGUAUCUGUGCAGCGCAGCAUGCCAGGAUUUCCAAAGGCUCCGUGAGCGCUUUGAUAAGGACGAACAGCUCCUGACGUACAUGAGUGUCAAUAAGAGGGCCUACAUGUCGAAAUUCGUCUACCAGUUCAGGAAGAACGAUCAGUGUCAACGAGUGGCUGAAGCCUUUAUCUCCAUGAUCAUCAAACCCACGGUGUUACACUACAUCUACAGUCUGAUGGGGCCUCAUAUCGUUGAGGAGAUACGGUCUCAGCACCAGCAGUACCAGUCCUCACACACCUUCAGCCAAAGCCUGAUGGAAAAGUUGAUAACGGAGGUUCGCUUUGAGAGAUUUCUGGAGUUCUUGCAUUUUUACAACGGCUAUAGACAGAAGAGGAUCCGGGAGACGGUCCUGUCUCAUCUUUCCGAAUCCACCACUCUGAAUGAAUGGAGACAAGAUAAGCUGUGUGAGAUUGUGAAAAUAAUUACAUCAGCUUUGAAUCAAACGACACCCGGCACACAAGACGUUCUGAGUGACACAAAGCCGCUGCUGGAGGAAGUGUGUGUCAUUAUCCAGAAUGAUGCGAAUAUAGACGUUUCCUCAGUCGCUCUAAAUGGCCCGCUCUUCAGCAUCACCACAGAAUGGGCCACUUUUGUCACCUGCUUAAAAAAGCUAUUGGCCGAAAUGCAGGCAGACCUCAACCAGGAGUUUUCGCAAAGUGUGGACGUCACACAACUCCUCAGGUGCCUCCCAUGUAGCCCCCAAAAGUCCCUCUUCAGCAAAGUGAAAGGCUGUGAGAAGUGUUGUCCUCUCUGUAAAGCCCCCUGCCAGGAGGUCGAAGUGGGCCAUGACGUUCACAGGGCUUUUUUCCACAGGCCCAAAUACAUGCUGCCUAAUGUGCCAGGGAAUGAUGGUCCUGAAGGUGCAGCCCAGUCUAAGCUAGAGCAGAAUCAGGACACAGAUGAUCUGUCCGUCACAUGUGGGAACCUCCUCUCCAUCUACCCAGACUGGACCAUGUACCCCGACCAAAACCACCAAACUCCCUGCCUGUACUGGAGGUAUGUGCUGGUGAGGUUCAACGAGGAUUUUGCCAAGGAAUAUGGCAAGAUGCUGGUAGAAGUUCCAGCGGAGUGGAGAAACAUCACUCAGGAAGAGGCUUUGAACAAUCUGAGGGACAUUUACCUCAGCCAUGGGACCUAGGACUCAGAGAUGUUACUACACCACACAAGACAGACAGACACACUUCACUUUCUGGUGACAACAACUGUGAGUCACUCAAUGGUGUUGUUGGAUGGUGUCAGAAACCAUCUCUGUCUCUGUCACUGUGUGUCAAACUGUCCGUGGUGUUACUUGUUUGUGUCAUGUUUGCCCCAAUACUCUCAGAUUCACCAUGUUGGCUUGAACUGAUGAACAAAGGGACAUAUUCUUCCUGCAAUACAGCAAACUAUAAUCUAUACCUGAAUCAAUGUGAAGGGCGGACAUACUUUCUAUUUUAAUUAUGCCUAAAUAUGUCGUAGGCAUGUUUUAUUUGUACUACAUCAAAUCUUGAAUAUUUUCUUUCAUGCAUGUAUAGGAUACUUCACUAUACUUUGAUUUACUAGUCUAUCCAUCCAUCUGUCCGUUGUUCCAUCCACCCACCUGUCUGUCCAUCCAUCCGUCCGUCCAUCCAUCCAUCCAUCCAUCCAAAUCCUGUUUACAGCCAUAGUCGAAGCUCAUUACCAUUCACAUUCAUACCUCUGGCCAAUUGAUAAUGUGUUUGACCUCAUCUCCAAUCUCCAUUUGUUUUGGACUCUGACAGCAGACCAAGCACCUGGAGAGAACACCUACACAUCAUCAUACAAACUCACACAGAAAGGCCAUCUGUCCGAGCCUUUCUUGUUGUGAGGCAUCUCUGUAGAUCUUACCAACUGGCCAGAAAACACACAUUUUCACCAGAAACUAGAUAAGCAUGACAAUGCAUGGACAGACAGAUGGCCUGUGGGAUUUCUACAUCAUCAGUCUGUUUUGCUACCGGGGGUGGCAGCCAAGCAUAAAAUCAAGAUCAAGCGACUCUACAAUAGCUUCUUUGAAACUUGUUUAUUGGUGAAAUUCUCUCAUGUUUUUCCCUGAGAUCACAACAAUAGCUGCUUUCUCUUUACAAAACGUCUCAUCCUUUUGUCGUCAUUCUAGCCUUUAAUACACGUGACGUCGGAUAUUACUGACACUCACAGAGGUCAAAGACGAAAUGAACGAUGGAGUGACGCUAAUCUACAAUGACAGCUUGUUAAGAUAUAAUAUUAACAAUUAUUAUUCCUGAAAUGAAAACCAUCUUCAGGGCUCCCUGAUACAAAUCUAAUCAAAGUGUAGCAUUUUAUGAUUCAGAGUGGUCGACGGCAGGACUGAGAAAGAACCAACCAGCAGCACCUAGUAGCUUGAAAUUCAACAUCUGGUAUUAGUUUGGCUUCACCACCUGCGGGGGCACUAGAGAGUCUGGAAAAUGGGCAUUCAAAGGAUGCCACAGUGAUCAGAGAGAAUUGUAGAAACAGACUGAUGGGUAUUUCAACACAACCCUGUGAGACGCUGAUGACAGUGUGUAUUUAAUGUACACUGCUAAAUGUUAACCUAACGUGUCCAGAUGAUAAAAGCACACAUUUGCAUAAAGAACUCUAAUUACUAUGCAUUAUCAGGCAAAAACACAACAAAUGGUCUGACAUUUAGUUCUGCAAAGGCAUAAAUGUAUUCCAUUUAACUUCUCAAUUCAGUUCAUGCCGUUCUCAGUGAAUACAGAACCAGUCUUAUGAAACACUUUCCUCUGAAAUAGAAAUCCAUAUCCACUGCUCCUCAUUACCAUCCUCCUGUCUGUUUGUCACAAUGCUAUUGUGCCAUAUUGAGCGCUCAAUCAUGUACAGAAAACCUCCGUCUCCUCCGAAGGUUUGUGGCAAACAUAAGUGAGAGUCGACUCACAAUGCAAUCCCUCAGGUGAGGUGUCAAACUCUCAUCACGUGUCUGACAGCGGCGAGACAAAGCAACUUCAGUCAGAAGACAGAAAAAGAAAGAAAGAAAGAAGUAGUGUUGAUGACGGCUGCCAUUGAUCUGUGUCAAAAGGACCUGCAGUCUCAGAGACGUUAUCGUCUGCAGCUAAUUAAACUCCCAGCACUCAUGAUUGUCAGUGGUGAAGAUAGUGACCACGGACACACCACCGUCCACACAGGUGAGUAAUUCAUAUGAAUUCAUAUCAAUAAUUCAAAUGCAGUGAUAACAAACUUGCUGUGUUUCAGAAUCAUCAGGGCCGCACUGUGGCUCAGUGGUCAAACUGUUCAAUAACGUAGUGGUAAGUAUUGAUCUUACUGCAGAAUUCAGAAUGUUCACUCUGAAUUGACCAAUUUUGUGAAUGUGAGUGCGAAUGGUUUCUCCGCAAAUAUGGCGCGAGGUUGAACAGGUCAUGGUGUAGCCCCACCCUCCAAAUCACUACUGGUAAUGGCUUCACCUUCAACAGCAGAUGAAUGUUAAUGUGUGUCAUUAAACACUGUGCUUGGAAUACAUGUAUUUUAAAUCCUUGAUUUCCACCCAUGAGCAGUAAGUGAUCCUGCCUUACAGCAAGAAGCCAACAGUUUGAUUCCCCGUGGUGAGUGACGCUCUUUAUGGUCCAUUAAGAUGAGGUGUGCGUGUGAUUGGUUGGUUGUUUCUCUCCAUAUGUGGCCCUGUGAUGGACAGAAGAGGAUGUUUGAGAUGCCACCUGAUAAUUAGACAGUGCUAUUACUGCACUCUUUCAUUUCCCUCCGGAGAUUAAUCACUAAAUAUGAUUAUAUUUCCUGCUUGACUCAGGAAAUAUGUUUCUUUUCUUUCCUUCCCUUCAGACACUCAGGAUUUCAAACAGAGAUUAGACAGAGAAAAGAACAGCUUCCAUCUGAAGGGCAGGUCAUACACGGCUGAACAGGUGUCCGCACCAAGUCUUCCGGACCGAUUCGGCAAAAUGUUGUUUUGUAAACCUUCGUUCAGCCUUAUGGGCUAUAGAAGCACUCAAAGCCUGGAGCAGGUGGGAGGAGGCUUACUGAUGAAUUGAGGGAGUGGGUUCCUGUGGGUCCCCCUUGUCUCCCCCUUCUCCCUCUGUCACUCUCACUCAGUGCUGAGUGAGAAAAGGCACCAUGUCCGUCUGACUCUUCACAUCACAGUGGUGUUCAGUAAACGCAGCAGGAGAGCAUGUCUCAGCAGAG